AUGCCAUCGCUUAUAUUACUUUUUCUGCUUCUUUCCUCACUUGUGUGGCGUGCCAGAAGUCAAAAUUUGGAAAAAUCGAGAUCAGUAUGGGUAGAGCAGGGUUUGCUGCGCGGCAAAAUCUACAAAAUGGCCGAUAACUACAUGCAGAUUUUUCGUGGAAUACCGUAUGCCGAACCACCUGUUGGACCACUGAGAUUCAAGCGGCCAGUAAAACGAGCGCGAUGGCACCAGGAGUACUCAGCGCUGGAUUACGGAGCACCUUGUUUGCAGUUCAUGGAAUUUCAUAAAAACGACAGAUUUUCUGGUCCAAAUAUGGAAAAUGAAAGCGAGGACUGCUUGUUUCUCAAUGUAUUUUCGCCAUACGAUCCACAGGACGAGUCGAAGCUGUAUCCAGUUCUUGUGUGGAUCCACGGGGGAUCGUUUUUGGCCGGUUCAGGCGACACAAGCAUCGAUAUGGAAGUGGUUGCUAGACAUUUCAUUUUCAACGGGGUCGUGCUUGUAACACUCAAUUACAGACUUGGGCCAUUAGGAUUUACAAAUUAUCAGGACGGCGGCAAAACGGAGGGCAAUUUUGGCAUUUGGGAUUUGGUUAUGGCCCUGGAAUGGAUACAAACAAAUAUGAAGCAGUUGAACGGCAACCCAUCGCAGGUCACUAUAAUGGGCGAAAGCGCGGGCGCAGCUGCUGCUUCUGUACUCGCUGUAUCACCGAGAACCAAAGGUUCAUUUCUGCAAAAUUCAUGUGUUUUGUAA